AUGAAGGAGGCAAUGGUUCAGGCAGAGGAAGCGGCUGCUGAGAUUACUAGGAAGCUGGAGAAACAGGAGAAGAAAUGCUUGAGGAAGGAAAAGAAAACGCUGGCUGCGAUUGCCUUGGCAUCUUCAGAAAACAGCAGUAGUGCCCUGGAGGAGUGUGAGGAGACACGUGAAAGACCCAAAAAGAAGAAAAAGCAAAAGCCCCAGGAGGCUCCUCAGGAGAAUGGAAUGGAAGAUCCAUCUGUCUCCUUCUCCAAACCCCAAAAAAAGAAAUUUUUUUCCAAGGAGCUGGUUAGUAGUGACCUUGAAGAGACAGCUAGCAGUGGAAGUCUUUCCAAGAGGAAGAAAUCUUUUCCCAAAGAGGAACCAGUUAGUGACCCUGAAGAGUCAGGAAACAAGAGGGUCCCCAAGAAAAAAAGAAAAUUAUCUUCCAAGGAGGAGCCCCUCAGCAGUGGACCUGAAGAGGCUGCUGCCGGCAAAAGCAGUGGCUCCAAGAAAAAGAAAAAGCUCCAAAAGCUCUCCCAGGAAAGUUAGAAUGGACACUUCCCUACCUGGGGCAUAACUUGCAGAGAUAUUUCCCAGCCCAUUCCC